AGCCGAUUUGACCUCUGCUGCGACCAGUCACCAAGUGACUCCACCUUCUGCGCUAAAAAACUCUGCUGCUUAUAAGUGCAAUCAGCACUAUAGAGAUCACUCACUUAGUCCACUUUUGACUACUGAGAUAGAGAAGACCUCGGAGUACUUUGAUUCACACAGAGUUCAGACAUGCCUUCAGUGGGACUGGAGAUACUUGGAUUGGGUCUUGCUGUCCUGGGAUUGAUCUCAGCCAUUGUAUCCUGCGCCUUGCCCAUGUGGAGAGUGUCAGCUUACAUUGGGGUGAACAUCGUAACAGCACAGACCACCUGGGAAGGAAUCUGGAUGAACUGCGUGGUCCAGAGCACAGGUCAGAUGCAGUGUAAAAUCCACGACUCCAUGUUGGCUCUCAGCUCAGAUCUUCAGGCCGCCCGUGCACUCACUAUCAUCUCCAUCGUGGUGGCUAUUGUGGGCGUUCUGGUGGCCAUAAUGGGUGCAAAAUGCACCAACUGUGUGGAUGAAGAGUCGUCCAAAGCUCGGGUUAUGAUAGCCGCCGGGGUGGCCUUCAUUGUGGCUUCUCUGACUCAGCUGAUCCCUGUGUCAUGGUCUGCCAAUACUAUCAUCUUAGAGUUCUACAGUCCAAUUACACCGGAGGCACUGAAGAGGGAGAUAGGUGUGGCUCUGUACCUGGGCUGGGCUGCAGCCGCAUUUCUGCUCAUUGGAGGGGGAAUCCUCUGCUCCAGUUGCCCCCCACAACCUGAAAAAAGGUACGGGCCUCCAUCAAAGAUGAUGUACCCCCAAACUAGGUCGCUGGCCCCGAGUAGUCACGAUAGGAGAGACUAUGUCUGAACUUGCACCUGCUCUUUUCUCACACCUCUGCCAUCAUGGAAAAGACUGCUCAGAGAGAACUGGAGAGGACAGUCCUUUUUAUAACCUAUAGACAUCUGUCUUCAUGUUGAAAAAAACAAGAACCUUUUGCAAUUUUAAUGCCACCAUAUAAUGUAUGCCCUAUAGAACGUUGUUAAAUGUUUGGUGUGUAACUUUGAGGCUAAUAACUAUGUAUGUUUGUUUUAUAUUUUAUGAAAAUAAAUGCAUAAUUUGUGAUUCAAAUAUAGAGAAUAGGUGACUCUGCAUUCAUACUCUUUACUCUAUUGAUUGUAUGUUUUAUA